AUGGGAUUCCAAUUUUUGAUGGAAGAGUUGGGAGUGGAGUGUCGCAGUGCGACCGUGGAGCUACCGGACCUGCUGAACAACCCGGUGGUGCGCCUGGUGGCACAAAAGCACAAGCGGACAGCAGCGCAGGUCCUGCUGCGCUUCCUGGCCCAGCAGGACAUCACUGCUAUUCCCAAGUCGACCAAGGCGGUGCGUAUCCAUGAGAACGGAGACAUCUUCAGCUUCCAGUUGGACGAGCUGGACAUGGCGGCGUUAAGCUCGCUGGACCUGGGCGGCGGCCAGUUCCCGGACGGCCCAGUCGCGCCUGAGCCCGCACGGACCGAGGAGGCACCGCCACGCACCAUGAACACUUCGGUGACGCUCUCGGGAGGACAGCGGAUGCCGCUGCUGGGACUGGGCUGCUGGCAGGCUCCGAGCCAGGAGGUGGCCGCCGCUGUGGAAGCCGCCCUGCUAGCUGGCUACCGGCACAUCGACACCGCGUACCUCUACAUGAACGAGGACGGCGUCGGAGAGGGCAUCCAGGCCGCCCUGAAGUCGGGCAAGAUGACCAGGAGCGACCUCUUCGUGGUCACCAAGCUGCCCAAUGCCGGCAUGCAGGAAGGCAAGGUGGAGAAGUACCUAAAAAAGUCGCUGAAACUACUGGGUCUUGACUGCGUCGAUCUGUACCUUGUCCAUACGCCGUUUGGGUGUGUGGAGAGAAGUGAGACGGACGUCUUUCCCUCGCAGGAUGGUAAACCGCUGAUAGAGUUUUCGACUGACCUGAUCGCCGUGUGGAAGGAAAUGGAAAAGAUGGUGAAACUUGGCCUGACAAAAUCGAUCGGCGUGUCCAACUUCAACGCCAAGCAAGUUCUGAAGAUAGUCUCCAAUGCUGAGAUACCUCCCGCUGUGCACCAGGUGGAAUGUCACGUCUAUUUCCAGCAGCGCGCACUGCGCGAGGCGUGCAAGAAGCACAACAUUGCCAUCACAGCGUACGCUCCGCUGGGCUCCCCCGGCCGCAAGGUGCUGUACGAGAGCCGCGGCGCGACCGUGGAGCUACCGGACCUGCUGAACAACCCGGUGGUGCGCCUGGUAGCGGAGAAGCACAAGCGGACAGCAGCGCAGGUUCUGCUGCGCUUCCUGGCCCAGCAGGACAUCAUUGUCAUCCCCAAGUCGACCAAGGCGACGCGGAUCCGUGAGAACGGAGACAUUUUCAGCUUCCAGCUUGACGAGCUGGACAUGGCGGCGCUGAGUUCGCUUGACCAGGGCGAGCCGGGCAGAAGUUUCCACAUGUCCAUGUUUCCUGGCAUCAGCGAUCAUCCGGAAGCUCCCUUUUGGACGCCGUUUCAGGACAUGAAGUAUCCUUUGUGA